AAUGAUAAUGAUAAUAAUAAUAACAAUUUAAAAAGAACAUUGGCAUGCCCGUUGGUAGUAGUUGAGUCUCCAUGUCUAUAAGGUUUCGCCUUUUGCUAUUCAAGGCUGUUAUAGUAGAAAGAGAGCCCAGGCCAGUCCAGCCUCACUAACCCAGCUUCAUUGUCCCUGACUGUCUUAUUUCAACUCAAGAUGAUCAUGGAGGGCAAACUCAGGUGAGAAUACCCGUGGGGGAGAAGAGGACAGAGAAUACAAACAACAGCAAACAGACUAGAUCUUAGAGUUUCCUCCUAAGUUGCCAGUGCCGCCUGCUUCGUGCUCUGGCUGGGUCUGUGGUGUCUGCUCUUCAAAUAGUCUUCCCUGGAGAAUGACCCCACAGGGACACCACACCUGGACUAUGAGAGCUUAAAAAAUGACAAAGGCAGACCCACUGGUAAACCAGGAAGAAGAGCAGGUUUUCUGUGGAGACCAAUCCUCUGGAGCGAGGGGCCCCUCCGGUACCUUAGUGUCAGUCCAGGUCUCUGGAAGCUUUUUGGGUGUGUUUUAAUUUACUGGGACCUCUAGGCUACAGCAAGGCAGAAUCACCUUCCCCACUCCUUGUGGUAUCUUUUUAUGACAGUCAUUCCACUAGGCCAGGCUCUCCCAAGUCUUGAUCCUGGACCCCCACACUGUACCAAACCAUUUCCAGCCACCCACCGUGCUCUCUUUAAGACCUUUCCCCAGGGUUGGGUGUGUUAGAUUUGGCCAAGUUAGGAUACUGAGUUCCUAGCUAAAGUCCAGGAGCCUAACACAAUCAGCCCUGAUCCUGUUUCUAAGAACUCUGCAAAUCCCCAGCCCUCAGGGCCAGGGAAAGCAAUUUUAUUGCCCAGGAGUUUAUGAGCCAGAGCCGCGGGUGGGGAGCCAAGCAGCAAGCAGAAUCCAGUAAAGAAAGCCCAGUUUGAACGUGCACAGAGAAAUCACUGGCUUCUCUCCACCCUAUAGAAGAAAUAAGGCUGCCAGGACACCUACGGGCUCCAGAUUCACUGUGGGCUUUGGAGGGGGGUGCGGGUGCAGAAGGAGGGGACAUGGGGCUCCCACCCAGCUCUAGGGGGCGGGUCCGAGACAGGGGGCCCAGAUCGGAAGCUGAGCACUGGUGGCCAAGGAGGUUGUAGAGCCAAGAGCAGCGGGAGGCGGGAUCGUUACAACCCGGCUUGCCAUGAACUCUGGACGCCAGCGCCGGACACCCUUCAGCAUCGCAGACAUCCUAGGCCCGAGCAUGAUUCCCAGAGCACCUUCUGCGCCACAGCUUCCCGAGGCCAGCCCUGAUCCCGCGUCUCCGCUGUGUGCGCUGGAGGAGCUGACAAGUAAAACAUUCCUGGGCCAUGACCCCUGCGCUCUGCAGCCUUUUGAAGGCAGAGUCACCCCAGAGGCGCCGCCGCCGGGUUCUGGCGCCGGUGUCCGGAGACGCCGCAAGUCUCGUACAGCGUUCACUGCACAGCAGGUGCUGGAGCUGGAGCGGCGAUUCGUCUUCCAGAAGUACUUGGCACCGUCAGAGCGCGACGGACUGGCUGCGCGACUGGGCUUGGCCAAUGCCCAAGUGGUCACUUGGUUCCAGAACCGUCGCGCCAAGCUCAGGCGGGAUGUAGAGGAGAUGCGCGCCGAUGUGGCCUCUCUAUGCGCGUUGUCCCCGGGAGUCCUGUGCCACCUGACACUGCCAGACAGCGUUUCAAGCCCUGACCCUGGCCCUACAGGACCUAAUUCUGAGCCCCAUUUAUCGGAUGAAGAGAUACAGGUGGACGACUGAAAGAAAAGCCCCCGCCAGCCCUGGAUUCCAGGGCCCCGGACUCUUCACCUCUGCUAGGACCCUUGUCUGGGUUCCCGGGUGGAGGGGAGAGACCCAUUUAGCCCUGUUAUGUCCCUCAGUCCACACUCCUACUUUUUUUUACUCGUUGAGAAUAAAACCUCCGCUCUGCAGCAAGGCGCUUCAAUCUGGGAUGUCCGCAGCCCAAACCAACGCAAUCUCCUACUCACUGGGAAAUUGCUUCUGCUGCUUGUGGUUCCUUUAAAACGUGGUGCUUCUUUUAGCCCAGGUAGCAACCUUAAAAGGCAGGUGUCUGGCUCUGCUCAUCUUCCAAAAGAAUCUUGAGGUCAGGAUUUGGACUCGGGCAUCAGCUACCCUUCAGAGAUCCUACUGUCUCUCC